AUGGUCUUUGGUAAGACUAACUCUAUUAUCAAAGAAUUAGAGGACCGUAUUGAGACCCUCGAUUACCGUCUUCAAGUUUCCUUUAAUGAUGAGGAUGAUAAGGACCUCUUAAAAUCCAAGUUGGAUCUAAUAACUUGGAGGGAGAGAGAGAAUACUAGGCUUGCUCACCUGACAAAAAAGAGCUGGCUCAAAGAUGGGGACCAAAAUUUCAAAUUUUUUCAUGCUCUCCUGAAUGCCAAAAACCAUAAAAGAGUGCAGAAUAUGAGCUUGUCUGAUGGGACUGUUUUAACUACCCCUGCUGAAAUUCAUAGAUAUGCGGUUGACUAUUUCCAAAAUUUUUUGGGUCAGUCUGCCACUUGUGUUCUACCGAACCUGAACAACCUGGUCUCCCCUAUUAUGACUAAUGAGGAGAACAUGGCCAUUGGCAGAGACCCUACCAUAGAGGAUGUUAAGGAUGCCCUCUUUACCAUUCCCAUUGAAAGUAGUCCCGGGCCUAAUGGCUUCGGCUCUGAUUUUUUCACAGUCUGUUGGGGUCUGGUUAAAGAUGACCUUCUUGCUACCAUUCAGGAUUUUUUCUAG